CGUACAUUCAUCCUUUGCACGUUCUCUCCUCCGGCCAAGAGAUGGACUCAGAGACGUCUGGUCCAUCGACCACGCGUUUUGAUACAUCUCUUCUGACUCCGCCUUUCUCAUACACCAUCCCGGAGCCAGCAGAGCUCACAGCCGAACAGCACACCAGGUUGAAUGAAGUGAUAGCUCACUUUUCCAAAGAUGCCUUUGAGCUGCCCGUCAAGGAGGGCGAUACGGAGCACAAAUCUGGGUUGACCGAGAGGGAGUUCAUGUUCCUGUCGAGAGAAACAUUCCUUAGAUUCAUCACUGCCACAAAGGGCGAUGUCUCAGAAGCUAUCAAGCGUAUAGAAGCUUGCAUCGUAUGGAGACGGACGGUGAAGAUUGAAGAUGUCCAGGCGAUGGCCGAUGACUGCGAACCAGAGUCCAGGACAGGCAAGAACCUCACCAUGGGAUUCAGUCCGCAAUGCCGUCCGAUCAUGUACUUUUUCCCUAAUCGAAAUACCACCCCUCUGGAGCAAAGGCGGAUCGUUCAUCCUCUUUUCCUCAUCGAGAGAGCAAGAGAUCUGAUGCCUGCAGGUGUAUCCAACGUGGUGGUGAUUUUCAACUUUGCAGGCAAGAGACAAGGUCCACCGAGUAGCGUGUCAGUAAGUCUGAGUGACUUGUUAUCACGGUCAAGAAAACCCUUUUUUGACACAUGCUCAUCUCACAACCAGAACGCCCGUCAACUCUUGUACAUUCUCGCUCAACAUUAUCCUGAAACGCUCAGCCUAUCCUUCUUUCAGGAUCUUCCGUGGAUCGUGAAAGGCUUCAUCAAUCUCAUGUGGCCAUUCGUCGAUCCCAAUACGAGGAAGAAGGACGUGGAGGCAUCACAGUUGCUGAAGGAAUGCGGAGGAGAUCUCAAUAUCCCUUACGAACACGACAGUUACUGGAAACCAAUGGUGGACGUGUGCUUAGACAUUAGACAGAAGCAAGAAGAAACGUUCCGGGCGCUUGGCCCACCUCGUGUUGGUGUUGAGGAACAGCUGUGGCGCCGGGCGCAUGGGUCCAUGCCGCCUUCUGGCGAUGUCAACACAGGCACAUAGAUGUCAUUACGGUCACGGCACGAACCGCGAUUUUCAUCUUCAAAAACAGCUUCCAGACCAGUUCG